CUUUUAUCUGACAAGCGAAUCGCGACUGACGCAUCAGUUUCUUUCCGCCUGUAAACAACGAGUCAGAGACACAAAACAUAAAGUUAUUAUGCCUCAACUAAUGCCUUAUGAUCGCAUUAACACUAAACCACAUCAGAAUCUUAUCUGAGACCACCAGCGGUAAAAGGUUGAAUCCAGAAUGCUGGAGACGGUGACUGAUGUGGCAAGUUUUGUUCAUUAUGGAAACACCAGUGUUUUUCCCACCGCAGACAACAGUUCUGAGAUCAUUCCGGAUGGAGAAAGCAACAUCUCUAAACCGCACCGCUGUCUGCAGGUCCUGUAUGACGACAUCGGGACGUCCAGGGUCCGCUACUGGGACGUGAUGCUGCUCGUCCCAAACGUGGCGUUCCUGGUUUUCCUGAUGUGGAAGCUUCCGUCUGCGAGAGCCAAGAUCCGCCUGACCUCCAGCCCCAUAUUUGUGGCGUUUUACAUACUGGUGUUUGUGGUUGCAGCUGUGGGAAUCACUCGCGCCAUCGUCUCUAUGACCAUCAGCACAUCCAGCGCUGCCACACCUAUAGACAAGGUGCUUUGGGAAAUCACAAGGUUCUUUUUAUUGGCUAUUGAGCUCAGCGUCAUCAUACUCGGAUUGGCUUUUGGCCAUCUGGAGAGCAAGUCCAGCGUCAAGCGUGUUUUGGCCAUCACUGCGGUUCUGUCUCUGGCCUACUCCAUCACACAGGGCACUCUGGAGAUUCGUUUUCCAGAUAAACACCUCUCCGCCAAAGACUUCAACAUCUACGGCCACGGCGGACGACACUUCUGGCUUGCCAGCUCUUGUUUCUUUUUCCUGGUGUAUUCCCUGAUAGUGAUCCUACCGAAAACCCCGAUCAGAGAGAGAAUCUCUUUACCAUCGAAGAGGAGUUUUUACGUGUAUUCGGGGAUCCUGGCUCUGCUGAAUCUGGUUCAGGGUUUGGGAAGUGCUCUGCUCUGUGCCGACAUCAUUGAAGGCCUGUGCUGUGUGGAUGUGACCACAUUCCUCUACUUCUCCGUCUUCGCUCCUCUGAUCUACGUGACGUUCCUCAAGGGGUUUUUUGGCUCUGAGCCCAAAAUCCUGUUCUCCUACAAAUCCCAAAUCGACGAGCCGGAGGACUCAGACGUGCACCUGCCCCACACCUCGUCCUCGGGUCUGGGCCGCAAAGAUCUGGACCGCGGCUCGUACUCCAGCACGCAGAUCGACGGCUCCGGAGCCUACCUGGAUGACGUGGUGUCAGGGCCGUUUGGAGGAGCGCACAGCAUUAACAGUGUGGACAGCGAUCGCUGGAGGUCCAUCAACACCUGAGACAGCAGAUCAAAACACUCCAGAUCAUCCUCUACUGCCUGCAGACAUCAGACGCUUAAUUACAGAUCAUUUCAUACGCAUUCCUGCAACUCUAUUCUACAUUCCUUGUGUAUCUGCAACGCUGUGAAAGGGUUAGUUCACACGAAAAUUACUAUUAUCCUAUGAUUUAGUCGCCCUAAAAGUAUGGAAUAUAAAUUGUCUCAUUUAUAGUAAAUAUCUGUACAUUUUUAAAGGGGUAGUUCACAUCAAAAUUCAAAUUCUCCUAUGAUUUAGUCACUCUAAAGGUAUACACAAAAUAUAUUUCCUUACUUUAGAGUUUUUGUCUCAUUUCUUGUAAAUAUCUAUACACUCUUAAAGGGAUAGUUCACCCAAAAAUGAAAAUUCUGUUAUCAUUUACUCUGCUUUUACGUUUUUCAAACCUUCUUUAAAACACAUGAGAAGAUAUUUUGAAGAAUGCUGGAAACCUGUAACCAUUGACUUCCAUGGUAUGUGUUUUUCCUACUGUGGAUGUCAAAAGUUACUGGUUUUCAGCAUUCUUCAAAAUAUCUGCCUUUGUGUUUAACUGAAGAAAGAGGGAUAGUUAAUACUGAGUAAAUGUUAAUUCUUUGCUGUAACCAUUGACUUCCAAAGUAUGUGUUUUUCCUUCUAUGGAUGUCAAUGGUUACCAGUUUUCAGCAUUCUUCAAAAUAUCUGCCUUUGUGUUUCUAGUAAAUAUCUAUAAAUUCUUAAAGGGAUAGUUCACCCAAAAAUGAAAAUUCUGUUGUCAUUUAUUCUGCUUUUACUUGUUUCAAGCUUUAUGAUGUUCUUUUAAACAUUUAAGAAGAUAUUUUGAGGAAUGCUGGAAACCUGUAAUCAUUGACUUCCAUAGUAUGUGUUUUUCCUACUGUGGAUGUCAAUAGUUACUGGUUUUCAGCAUUCUUCAAAAUAUCUGCUUUUGUGUUUCUAGUAAAUAUCUAUACACUCUUAAAGGGAUAGUUCACACAGAAAUUUAAAUUCUGUUAUAAUUUACUCUGCUUUUACAUGUUUCAAACCUUCUUUAAAACACAUAAGAAGAUAUUUUGAAGAAUGCUGGAAACCUGUAACCAUUGACUUCCAUAGUAUGCGUUUCUCCUACUGUGGAUGUCAAUAGUUACUGGUUUUCAGCAUUCUUCAAAAUAUCUGCCUUUGUGUUCAACUGAAGAAAGAUAGUAAGGGAUAGUAAAUUCUGAGUAAAUGUGAAUUCUUUGCGUGAACUAACCCUUUAAAUCAUGAAGCAUGUUCUAGACGAGUAAAAAUAUUUUGUUUUCAGAAAUAUUAAGUGAGUUUUUUUCUUAACACAAGUAAAGAAAGCUUACUCAAUAGCGGAAACGAGUUUAUUUUACUUGCUCCACUUCCCUCCCCUUAAUUUUGAGUUAUUAUUUCUGAAAACAAGACAAUGUUUUAGCUUGUCAAGAUCAAAAUGCUUCUUGAUUUAAGACCUUCUUGUUUCAAACCUUCUUUUAAACACAUGAGAAGAUAUUUUGAAGAAUGCUGGAAACCUGGAACCAUUGACUUCCAUAGUGUGUGUUUUUUCUUCAAUGGAUGUCAAUGGUUACCGGUUUUCAGCAUUCUUCAAAAUAUCUGCUUUUGUGUUUCUAGUAAAUAUCUAUACACUCUUAAAGGGAUAGUUCACCCAAAAAAGAAAAUUCUGUUUUCAUUUACUCUGCUUUUACGUGUUUCAAACCUUCUUUAAAACACAUGAGAAGAUAUUUUAAAGAAUGCUGGAAACCUGUAACCAUUGACUUCCAUAGUAUGUGUUUUUCCUACUGUGGAUGUCAAUGGUUACUGGUUUUCAGCAUUCUUCAAAAUAUCUGCCUUUGUGUUCAACUGAAGAAAGAGGGAUAGUUAAUACCGAGUAAAUGUUAAUUCUUUGCGUGAACUAACCCUUUAAAUCAUGACAAAACAAGACAAAAACUCCAUGUAAGAAAGGUAUUUUUUGUAGUAUCUGACCUUCUUCUUUCAGCUGAAUCCAGUCUGAGUUAUUUAAAAUUAAAUUUGGCUUUUCCAGCUCUACAAUAGCUGAUUUUAUUAUCAGAAGUCCAAUAAAGUGCAUCCAUUUAUAAUAAAUAGUGCCUCAGAGGACAAACAACCGUCUUCAUUAGUGUUUACAUGCGUUAUUAGAAUAAAAUGUUAUGUAUUUAAGUUUUGUGUAACUUCUGGAGUGCGUUGUUCAUCUUUUCCUCCUUUUGAGAUUCAUUUUUGAUUAAAUUUGCGCCAUCAGCUGGACAGGAGUGUGUAUUUUUAAAAAAAUAGUUUUACUGUGAGCACAUGUGCAGUUGAAAUGAAUGCGGAGGCUUAUUUAAAGGGACAGUUCACCCCAGAAUGAAAAUUGUGUUAUCAUUCAGUAUUUGUUUUCCCUACUAUAGAAGUCAAUGGUUACAGGUUAUCUGGAAACACUUGAGGAUGAGUAAACAGUGAGUACAUUUUUAUUUUUUGGGUGAACUGUGCCUUUAAGAAAGACAAUCCAGUCCUGCAGGUGGCGCUUAUGCACCAUAAAAUCACCUCAAAAUUCGAGUGGUGCUCACUGCAGAGCCACUUGGGCAGAGCUGAGCUCCAGCAAGGGGGAGCUUGAGCUCCAGCUCCUCCUUCCUUGCACUACUUCUAUGAGUGAUGUCACUGGGGGGGUGGGGGGGUGUACGCAUUAAAACAGCUAAUAGGAGGAGGAGCGAGAGCUCAAACUCCCCCUCGCUGGAGCUCAAGUGGCUCUGCAGCGAGCAGUGUCUCUCAAAAUUCAACGCUGACAGAUGGAACUUAAUUGAUUCACUAAAGGAGGCAUUUAUUUAACACCAAGAGCUGCGUAAAACACUUUUUAUUAUGGAUGAAAGCACUCUAUUGGACGUAUUUCUGAACAAAACCAACCAAUGAUAGAGCAGGAAAAUCCCCAAGAAAAUUCUUGAAAUAAUUCUCGACUGAAAGAAGACAGUGGUGUACACCGAGGAUGCCCUGAGAGUAAAUAAAUCAUGGGAUUGUUUUAAUUUUUGCGUGAACUAACCCUUUAAUUUUAGAGAUAUUCUAAAACGCUUCACGUGACUUAAUGGCUUAAAGCGACUUAAUACUCGUUUACUUGCAUAGUAUGUGUUUUGGCUACCGGUUGCUAAACAUUCUUCAAAAUAUCUUCUUUUGUGUUAGAUGAACUGCAUUGAGGGUUCUUCUAACACAAAAGAAGAUAUUUUGAAGAAUGUUUAGCAACCGGUAGCCAAAACACAUACUAUGUAAGUCAGUGGCUACUAGUUCAGUGUAUCUUCCUUUGUGGAGGAUGAAUACAUUAAUGAAAUUAAUGUUUGGUUGGAUUAUCCCUUUAACGUUAAUGAAGGCUUGAACAAAGAACCAAAAUUCAGUAUAAUGUUUAUUGAAAUCUCUCUCUCUCUCUCUCUCUCUCUC